GAAGCAGAGACAGCUGGCCAUUGACGCAGCCACGCAAUUUUCCGGGCGGGGAUCUCUGGCGAGAUGAUCUGGGCAGGCACGGCCGGCUUCAGCUUCGAACCUGCCAUCCCUCCCAACAGCUGCCUCGUUUCAUCGCUCAGGUACGUGCCCGCGGUGCCUCAGCUGCUGUUAGCUCACAGCGUCCAACAAUGGGUCAAUAGGUCAAUGACACGGCUUCCCUCAAUUCCCAUCCCACCCAUUUCACCCCCGCCUUGUACCUUAGGUAGCACGUAGUACCUGCCCCUUGGUCACCCGCUGAAUGCCGGGCGUUGGAUGGAGCACAAUGGAUGAGCAAUGGAUGGAGCAAUGAAUGGAGCAAUCGUUUCAGGCCACAACUCUAGCAAGCUCUCGACCCCCAGCCAUCCACACACAUCACGUCCGCGUUAGGCAAUAGCUUGCUGCUCCCGGUACCAGGGCGUGCUUGGCCAGAGGUGGGGUCAGGCAUUGAGGUGCUGCAGCGAGAGGGCGCAGGGAGAGCAACGUGACCGGGCGGCACCAGGUUGACGCUUCAUAUAUCAGCCUAGGGACUCCCUCCCCCUCAGCUGUCCUCAUUAAGCUUCCCCUCUUCUUCAUUUCCCUCUCCCCCAUUGCCACCCUCAUCGUCGCAAAAAGCCAGGUAACUUCCAUCCCGUGUGCCUGCUCCCACACAAUUGACCAUCCGCACCACCACCAUUUAGCCCAUUGCUCCCUCCGUCCUUCAUCGCACCGGAACCGACACCUCUGUAAGGGAAUAGCAACAAACAGGUUUCGUCGUCCACCAAGACCUCAACACCCACACAAUUCUUCACCAUGGCACACAAGACAUCUGCAAUCCAGGGCGAGGAGCCUGUCGAGGUGCUCUUCGCCCUUCAGAACAAGUUCGACCUGCUGGACCUGGCUGGUCCCGUAGCGGCCAUGAAGGCGGCGCUUCAUGACAAGAAUGACCCGAACACUACGGCCUUCGAGAUCACGCUGGCUUCGGCCGAGUCCACGGUCCUUUCCGACCAGGGCGUCAUCAUCAACUCCCAGAUCACCUUCAAGGAGGCACACGAGCGCCUCAAGGACUUUGACGUUCUCGUCAUCGUCGGCGGCGACUCCGACAAUGUCAUAAAGACCAAGGCCGAGCCCCUCAGCCUGAUCACCAAGUUCUCCGAGAUCCAAAAGGAGGACCCCGCCCGCGAGCGCACCGUCCUGUCCAUCUGCACAGGCUCGCUCUUCCUCGCCCAAGAGGGCAUCCUCGCCGGCCUCUCGGGCACCACCCACCCAGACUUUAUGACGGCGUUUGAGAACCUGUGCAGCCACGCGGCCGUCAGGAACCUUGCCGAGCGGACCGACGUCAUCGAGGACGCGCGAUACGUCGUCAACAACCUUCGGUUCGAUCUCGGAGACGAGGACGAGAACCCCUACGUCCACCGCAAGACGGACAAGGCCGACGGCCGCCGCCCGUCCAAUGCCCGCAAGGGCAGCAUGUCCUUCAAGAGCUCCGGCCGCCGCGAGUCCAUCACGCGUCGCGCCGCGAUGCGCCUGGGAGGUCUCCGGGUCAUCACGAGCGGGGGAAACAGCGCUGGCAUUGAUGCGGCCUUGUAUCUUGUCAGCGCGCUUGUUUCGGACGAGGCCGCUGACGAGGCUGCUCGGGUGAUGCAGUGGACCUGGACCAAGGGCGUCGUCAUUGACGGCCUCGACGUCUAGAGGGGAGGACAGAGAACUCGGCCCGUGUGGAACAGGGCAAUAGCCUGGUCAUAUGCUGGCUGGAUAGUGAGUGUACAGAGAGAGAGCUGCGCGGGUUAAAUGUGCGCCAUACUCGACAAUGAAUAAAAAAGUAAAAUGAAAUGAAGCCACGCCAUGUCUGGAUUUCCGGUGCACCUGUGCUGUCGCCGUGCGGUU